UUUCCGGUGGUGGUUGGAGUGUCCUCUUCAUCUACAAAGCUGCAUUAUACGUCCAACACUCAGAAAAAAACAUUCAACCAAAUCUUCACUGCUGCACCAAAAAACAAGCCGACCUCCUCUGGCUGACACAAGCCUGGCUGACUUUGAACUAAGUCAGGGUUAUUUUUAUUUUUUCAAGGCGGGAAAAGAACAAAUAAGUUGCUUUCACUUUUCAUUCAGCUCGAAAUUUGCAGAUCUCAUUUCCGUGGAAGUGGAAGAACAGGCGAGCUGCUGGAGACGGAGCGGAGUUUGGCAUCUCUUGAGGCACCACAUAGGGGAGGAUGGCACGGACUGUGCGAGAUGAAUUGCUUACCGCCUUGGAGGAUCUGGGUGAGGAGAGCUUCGAGAAGUUCUGUGCCAAAAUAAGAGACUGGGAAAUCAAGGAGGGCUACACAAAGAUUCGCAAGAGAAAACUAGAGAAGGCAAAACCUCUUGACGUAGUGGAUGUGAUAUUGAGUCACUACACAGCUCCUUAUGGACCCGAAUUGACGGUGGAGGUUCUAGACGCCAUCGAUGAGAAGGAUGUGGCCUUGGCCCUUAAGAAGGCGCUGGAGAAAGUGGAAGGUUUUACGGGGGGAAAGAAGCCCAAGGAGGAACCACCAUCUACUUCAGAGGUGAAAGAGAGAAAGAGCAAGAACCCCAAUGAGGAAUCACCAUCUACUUCAGAGGUGAAAGAGAGAAAGAAGCCCAAUGAGGAUCCACCAUCUGAUCCAUUUGGUUUCUUGUACAGCGCUUUGCGUAUGAACAUGAACAGUCUCUGAUAGCCCGCUGUGCUCUGGUGGAACCCAUCCUGGAUAGUCUCAAAACUAAAGGUCUGCUAAUAGACGAACAAUACGACACCAUACGAAAUAAAAGACUUCCCCAGGAGAAGAUGAGGGGGCUCUACAGGAAUAUCAGGGGGUUUUCUAAAUCUGACAAGGAUACUCUCUAUGAAAUAUUAAAGAAACAUAAUGGUCCUUUGAUCAAAGAUCUGGAGAAUCCCUAAACUAUUUUUGAAGAUUACAUUACAAAUGUAACACCAUCUACAGGGAUUUUUAAAGGAUAUUUAAACCCAAGAAGAAAAAUGUCAUAUAUUUCAGCUUACCAGUCUGUAGAUGGGGUGGCUGCUAGUUUCCUUUUUCAGGCUAAGAACAUUUUCUGCAAGUACAGAAAAAUACCUACUGAUUCUGCCAUAAAAAAUAGUGUCCUUGUAACUUCCUCUCAAAUAAUGUUAUCACCCUCCCCAGUUAUCUUCUGUGAUUUACAGCACAUUUCUUCCUAGGUACUGGAGAUGAGAAAAGGGGGUCGGGGAUGUUGUAGCCUUAUGCCGCGUACACACGAUCGGAUUUUACGUCGGAAAAACCUUGGAUGUUUAUAACGACGGAAUUCUGCUC